AUGUCUGCGGUACGAUAGCUGAGAGAUCUUUUUGACAGACAACAAAAACAGAACGAGUAGCGAGCCAUCAGGUGACAUAAAAACAACAACUACUUGCUUCAGCAACAACCAAACAAACCUCAAUAGCAUUGUUUCGAAAACGGUAGGGGGCCUAGUACCUGCAUUCCACUUAGUGCAUUACAGUCUCAAUAAACCUUAUUCUCGCAGUACACAGCAGUAUUAUAGUCGCGUUUCACGGGUCUUUUGCCAACGUCAAUCGCUUGCUUGCGCAGACUCUGAAGACCGUACGUGAAGACAGCAAAACUUGCGUCUUUCCUUUCCUUGCCCAACCCAGUUGUCAAUUGCGUUCAAUUCAAUUCGAUUCGAUUCGAUCCAUUUCAAUUCGGUCCGCGAAUUAAGUCAAAUUCUGGUUGCUAUUUUCAUUCCAGAACAUCCUCUGUCAUUCCGUUGAAACCUCGCGUUGACCAGUCAAUUCCCUGCAAACUUGCCUGGUCGCGACGAAAGCAAUUCCUCUCUUUUUGUUCCUUUUUCUACAACUUGUGUAUCCGUUCGGCAUCGAAAGCAAGAGAAAUAGAAAAUCGAAAAAAGCUUAUGCAACAUAGCAUCGUUGUUUGCUUCCUAAACUUCGUUGCAAAUUAUUUAUCCUACUUCCUAUCGGGAAUAAUUUCCUUUGCAAUUCCAAGAAACAAUACCAUGAUGAACGACGACGAUAGCACCGAUGACGAGAGCCUAUUCGGUGACGGUAGCGAUGACGAGAGCAACAAAGAAAGUGCUGCUCCAUCGAAACCGGAAAGUCCACCGAAACCAGCAGCCCCACCCACUCCCGUGGUCCCACCCGCCGCUGCAGCCUCGUCCGCUCGCGUGACGAGGUCCUCGGCGAGGAUUGCUGCAACCACAGCGGCUGCAACCCCAGCAGCUGCAACCACAGCGGCUGCAACCACAGCAGCUGCAACCACAACGGCUGCAACCACACCGGUUGCAACCACAACGGCUGCAACCACAACGGCCGCAACCACAACGCCACCCACACCCGCAGUGAAGGACGAACCCAUUGAACCGACAGAAGCCGUACCACCUCCGGCUCCAGCACCGGUUCCAACACGGGCUCCACCAGCAGCUGCAUCAAACGAACCAUCCACUCCCAACCCCGCUGUGGCUGUUAAGAAAGAGCCAGCGGAGGUCGUUUUUUCCAUUCCGCGAAAAAUCAGUCAUUCCUCUUCUCCGCCGGCAACGAACGAAGCAUCCACCUCCCCUAACAAAAGAAGCAACAGCAGUCCCACGUCUCCCUCGUUAUCGUCUCCCAUUGCCAAAAAGAAGAAACCAAACCCCGGCACGGAAGCAGCUCCCACGAUUCCGCUCGUGGACGAUGCCCGGGCCGCCCGCUUUGGUCUUCCUAAGGGGACCAUGCUGCCAAGAUCGGUCAGCGACGACGUUCUGAAUCAGGGCCGUGUCCUGGACUACCUCAAAUCGCUGGGAUCCGUGAGUCUCAUCAACGACGCCCUCAACGAGUACGACGACGCGGCACAGCUCAAGGGAAAUGAAAUUCGUAACAAGGGAGCCUACCUAUAUGGUGUCGUCAAGCGCUACAUGAACGUUCGGGACCGGGCCUCGGGGGGCAAUGCCUCGGACCUGCCGAUGGGCCGCGAUCUGACCCCCCCCGUCCACCAGCGCCUCCAGAAACUGGUCCGGGACAACUACUGCACCGCGGAGGAGCUGACCAAAAACGAUAAGGUCCUGUCGAAAAUCCGGAUGCUCUCGGAAAAGGACGCCAUGGGUGCCAUCGAGGAGCUCUCUACUGUCGAUCGCAACUCGAUUCGAAACUUUGUUUCUUAUUUCAUGGGCAUCCUGAAUCGUUACAUGCGAGGCGAACCUCAGCCACAAUCCUCCUCCUCUUCGCCGGGAACUAAGGCUUCAGGAGGCGGCGCAAGCAAUGGGAACAACAACAAGAGCAACAGCAGCAAUCAGGUCGGUACCAAAACAAGUCGUGUGUGAAAAUGUUGAUGUGCGGUUGUGACAGUAACCAGUUAAUUGACGAGAGGCAUCCAUGAUACGCGAUGGUUGUAAAGCGUUGAUUGGUGAAGACUUUUUUUUGCUUUGUACCUAUCAUUUUGUCUCACUUAAAUUCGUUUUUGGAUCCAAAACACUCUAAUGAAUCAAAUUGACUUGAAUUCUUGAUUGCCAUCGCUAUCGGUUUCCCCCAUUGUAUGCUAUGAUCAUUGGUUGGAUUUCAUCCCAAAACGAUUCAUCAGCAGCGCAACAAAAACAACAACAACCGUGGUCGUUCGUCCAUGAAGCAAGACCCCAUGGAUGCGUAUCGUCGUGAGAGAGCUCGCGAUCGCAGCAAUAGUUUUGAUCGGCACAACAACAACAACAAUCGAAGGUCUCGCAACCAAAACGGUCCCGGCGGCGGUGGUGUCUCUCAUUACGGGCCCUCGCCAUACGGAAACAACAAUAGUAGCAACAACCAAAACAAAAACCACCAAUAUCCUCCGAAUUCAAAGUAUGCACCCAGCAGUGGUUCGGGUGGACCACCUCCGCCCCCACCCCACAAUGGCAUGGGAGGGCUCAUGGGAAACAACGGAAAUCUUCCACCCCCUCCUCCCCCGCCACCCCCGCGACAAGCAGCGCAUGGUGGGGGUCCGCCGCCGCCCUCGCAGUAUGGGGCCCCACCCCCUCAACAGCAGAUGCAGCAACAGCAGCAGCAACUACCACCCCCACACACCCAGCAUUACGGGUCGCAGCAGCCUCAGCAACAACAGCAACCAGCAAACAACAUGUAUGGGGGUCAACAGCAGCCUUCCUACGCUGCUCAGUCGCAGCAGCAGCCGCAUCAUCAAAUGAUGACCCCCGGAUCGGCCUCGGUAGGGGUGCCUCCUCCUGCAACUGGAGUCCCUUCCAACAAUUCGUACUACGGCGCUCAGAAUCCGCAGCAGCAGCAGCAGUAUGGGGGCAAUGUUGCAGCUUCGUACUCCAAUCCUCCUGCAACCAAUGCCAUGGCUGCACAGAAACAGCCAUACAUGCAGCAUCAGCAGCAAGCAGCGCGAGUCCCUCCUGCCACAAAUGGCUAUGCUCCCCAGCACCAACAAUCACAGCAGCAGCAACAAACGGGAUGGCAGCAGCAGACCCAAAACCAGUCCGUUGCCGGAGCCGCGGGAUUGGUGGACAUUUUGGGCAUAGCUGACAAGGCUGCUUCCGCAGUGCAGGCACUCCAAAACCAGAAUCGUCUCAAACAGCCACAGCAGCAACAGCCAUACCAGCAACAGCAGCAGCAACAUCAACAGCCGUACCAACAAGGUACACAACAGCAGCCGGCUCAACAGCACGCUCCUCCCGUGCAACAUCAUCAGCAGCAAUCGUAUCAAGCGCAACAGCACCAACAAUACCAGCAGCAACCACAGAUUCAGCAGCCACAGCAAUACCAACAAGCGCAGGUUCAGCAGCCUGCGGCCAACAAUCAGUAUGGUGCAUAUGGUCCUCCAGCGCAAACAUCCACGCCGUAUUCGACCGGAGCUCCUCCAUACCAGCAACAGGCGCAGCAACAGCAGCAACAAUAUCCACCACAACAAGGUCAUUAUGGCAAUCAUAUGCAGCAGCAGCAGCAGCAACAACAACAACACCAACAACACAAUCCAUACCAGCACCAGCAACACAACCAGCAGCAUCACCAGCGACAGCAGCAAGAUCGUGAUCCAUAUUCGAACAAAAGGCAAAAACAGGGAAGGUCUAGAAGAACAACUGCGUCCAUGCACGAACUUCUCCCUGUCGUCCAACAAGCAAUUCAUGUAAGACUAUGUGUUCAGAAAUAGAACAAAGGUUCGGUUUGAUUGCGAUUAUUUUUCCUUCACGUUUGAUGGGUCCCGACCCGCGAUUUUCUUUUCUCAUUGCAUCCACUUUUGCAUCGCUCUGUUUCAUUCUACUUUUACGAUUCCCCCCUCCUAUUUCUCUUCCCUCCAGCACAUUCAAAACACCCGCCAGGUCGAUGCCCCCCUCGACGAAGGAAUGCUCGGGAUGAUCAAGGAUCUCCCGGAACACCUGGCGCUCCAGUCCCUCCACAAAUUUUCUUCGAUCGACAAGAACUCGAUGAGGAACAAGACCGCCUACCUCGCGGGUGUCCUCAGGAGAGAGCUGGAACGGAUCCAUCGGCGCUAGAGAGUGCCAUCUGUAUAAUGUUACUGAUGCUGUGUGUCUACCGAACAUUGAAAAUGCGUCGCUUUUUGAAGAAAAAUCUACGUUCUAUGACGGCGUUGGUAUUGAAAGGAAAGGCUACGUUCCAUAAUUAAGUCGUGAUUCGGACGAUUAUUUGAGGAGGCCGGCAUCGUUUCGCAGUCUUGGUGCAAAACGAGAAGGACCACCAACGAAAGGACUAAGCUCGAGUUAUUUUCCCU